AAGGUGGACCUGCGACCGCAGAUGGCGGCUCGCGAGGGUCACAACGCACGUCAAGGUUGAGCCAAGUGCGGCCACGAGCCCGCGCCGGCUGGUGCUUCCGGGUGCGAGUCACCCGCGGGCCGUUGUCCGGACGCCCGUUGCUGGGGCCGCCGUUGCCAAGGACGCCCGCGGGCCCUGCGCCGCCAGCCCUGCGCUCUGCUCGGCUCUGUGCGGCGCCAUGGACGACCUGCGGGUGCUGUGGAUGCGCGACCGCGUGUACGCCGCCUUCGACCUCUCCGACCCCCAGCUCUUCGAGGAGCUGCUGACCCGCGACGAGGGCGAGGCGGAGGACCUCAUCCUGCACUUUCUCAACCUCAGGAGCGACGAGGAGGGCGCCUCCGCGCUCUUCUUCUACCGCACCUGGGUGCCCGAGGAGGUGGAGGUGGAGAUCGACAGCGAGCUGUCUGUCCAGUCCGGAGAAGAGAACGAGGAGGAAGAGCCUGCUGACCAGAAGGCCGAGGCCCUGGCUAGGAAUUUGCAGCUGAGAAGUGAUUCCACGGCACCUCCAGCUCUCGGCGCGGAAGAUGGGAACCUGGACGGAGAGGCCUUAGCCAGCCCCCCGACCCGCAGGCUGGUGAAGCGAGUCGUGGACAAGCUGUACCUCCAGGUGGUCUGUACCCCAGUUCCUGAGGCGUUUCUGGGCCGGAAUGUGGUGUUUUUCCUCAGGAACACAGCAGAGACCAUCUUGGAGCCGGGCGACAUGGCGGAGGCCAUGGAGAUCAUGCCCGAGACCCUGGAGUACGGGCUCCUCAGCGCCCACGUGCUGCAUUUCCUGAAGGACGUCAUCUGCCAGGUUUUCCUGCCAGCCUUGUCGUUCAAUCAGCACAAGACGGACUCGGGCCCCGGAGCCCCGGCCGCAGAGCUGCCCGAGUUUUCAGAGUACGAGAUAGACCUGCCCAAGGUGCCGGGGGAGGCCAUGGAGUACCACAGCGUGCAGCUCAUCCGCGACGAGUUCCUGAUGAACAUCCAGAAGUUUUCGGGCAACAUCCAGAGGACCAUGCAGCAGCUGGAAGGUGAGAUCAAGCUGGAGAUGCCGGCCAUCAGCGUGGAGGGGGACGUGGCCGACCUGGCAAGCGACCCAGACACCCUCGAGGCCCUGGAGCAGUGUGUGAUAAACUGGCUCAAUCAGAUCUCGGCAGCUGUCGAAGGGCAGCUCAAGAAGACCCCCCAGGGCAACGGCCCCCUGGCCGAGAUUGAAUUCUGGCGGGAGAGAAACGCGACCUUAAGUGCGCUGCAUGAACAAACGAGGCUGCCGGUGGUCAGGAAGGUCCUGGACGUGAUCAAGGCGGCCGACUCCAUGCUGGUGGCCAACGUGCAGCCGGUCCUGACCGAGCUCUUCAAGCUGCACAUGGAGGCCUCCGACAACGUGCGCUUCCUCUCCACCGUGGAGCGGCACUUCAAGAACAUCACGCAUGGCUCCAGCUUCCACGUGGUCCUGGAGACCAUCCCCUCCAUGAUGUGUGCCCUGCGCAUGGUGUGGAUCAUCUCCCGGCACUACAACAAGGACGAGCGCAUGAUCCCGCUCAUGGAACGCGUGGCCUGGGAGAUCGCCGAGCGGGUGUGCCGCGUGAUCAACCUGCGCACGCUGUUCAGGGAGAACCGUGCGAGCGCCCAGCACAAGACCCUGGAGGCCAAGAACACGCUGAAGCUGUGGAAGAAGGCCUACUUCGACACCCGGGCCAAGAUCGAGGCCUCGGGCCGGGAAGCCCGCUGGGAGUUUGACCGGAAGCGGCUGUUUGAGAGGACGGACUACAUGGCCUCCAUCUGCCAGGACCUGUACGACAUUCUGCAGGUUAUAGAGGAAUUUUACAACAUAUUCGGCCCAGAGCUGAAGGCAGUGACGGGGGACCCUAAACGCAUUGACGAUGUCCUGUGCAGGGUGGACAGCCUGGUCACCCCCAUGGAAAGCCUGACCUUCGACCCCUUCAACAUCAGGUCCUCCCAGCACUGGAAAUACGUGAUAGAUGACUUCAAGAUUGAGGUUCUGGUUAUUGAGAAAGAAGCAAAAAAUUUUAUUGAUGAGUCUUUUAAGACACUUCGAUCAGCUGAAGCAGCAUUUGACAUGCUUUUAAAAUUCAAGCACAUUCGGUCCCGGGAGGCUAUUAAUCGGCAAAUGAUGAUGAAAUUCAACGACAUUCUGGCACAGUAUUAUAAAGAGAUUGACAUCAUCAACAGGAUCUUUGUGCAGAACCUGGACAACCCGCCGCUGUGUAAGAACCACCCUCCGGUGGCAGGCGCCAUCUACUGGGAGCGCUCUCUGUUUUACCGCAUCAAGCACACCAUCCUGCGCUUCCAGGAGGUCGAGGAGAUCCUGGUCAGCGAGCGGGGCCAGGAGGUAAAGCAACGCUACCUGGAGGUGGGCAGGACGAUGCGGGAUUAUGAAGAGCGGAAGUACGAGCAGUGGCGAGAGGCCACGGAGCAGAGCCUGCCGACGCUCAUGAAGAAGAGCCUGCUCACCAAGACUUCUGCCUCUACCGAUGAAGUGACCACCACAGACAGAGCGGCCGUGUUCACCAUCAACUUCUCCCCGGCGCUCAGAGAGAUCAUUAAUGAAGCCAAGUACUUGGAGCAACUGGGCUUCUCGGUUCCCGAGCUGGCCAGGAAUGUGGCCCUGCAGGAGGACAAGUUUCUUAGGUACACGGAGGGCAUCCAGCGCACGCUCGACCACUACCACGCGCUGCUGGGGACGCUGAGCGAGGCGGAGGCGGCGCUGCUGGACGACCAGGCGCAGGAGCUGGUCCGCGUCUUCCGCUCCGGCUACAAGAGGCUGAACUGGAACUCGCUGGGCAUUGCUGACUACAUCACGAGGUGCCGCCAGGCCAUCGGGAAGUUCGAGUCGCUGGUGCACCAGAUCCACAAGAACGCGGACGACAUCUCCUCCAGGCUCACCUUAAUCGAGUCCGUCAAUCUCUUCAAGUGCCUGGCCGCAAAAAGCGAGGACGAGCUCCCAGGCGUGAAGGAGUUCUUCGAGCACAUGGAGCGGGAGCGGGCGCGGGACGUGGAGCGCAUGGUGCGGUGGUACCUGGCCAUCGGGCCGCUGCUGACCAAGGUGGAGGGGCUGGUGGUCCACACCAACACGGGCCACGCCCCCAAGCUGGCCUCCUACUACGAGUACUGGGAGGGCCGCGUCUACGACGUCCUGACCCGCCUGCUGCUGAAGAACCUGCAGUCCUUCAACGCGCUGGUCCUCGGCAGCACGCCCCUGUUCCAGGUGGAGACCAUCCUCACGGCGCCCGAGAUCAUCCUGCACCCCAACGCCACCGAGAUCGACAAGAUGUGCGUGCAGUGCGUCCGCAGCUGCGUGGAGGUCACCAAGCACUUCGUGCGGUGGAUGAACGGCAGCUGCAUCGAGUGUCCGCCGCAGAAGGGCGAGGAGGAGGAGGUGGUCAUCCUCAGCUUCCACAGCGACAUCUCGCGGAACCCGCAGGUGACGGAGCAGGCGGUGCUGAUCCCGCAGAACGUGCACCGGCUGCUGGUGAGCCUCAUGAAGUACCUGCAGCGCUGGAAGCGCUACCGGCCGCUCUGGAAGCUGGACAAGGCCAUCGUGAUGGAGAAGUUCGCCUCCCGCAGGCCGCCCUGCGCCUCCUUCGACGAGAAGCUGCAGUUCUACUCCCGGAUCGCCGACGACGUCAUGCGCCACCCGCUGGUCAAGGACGAGCACUGCAUCCGGCUCCUGCUGGGGCCGCUGGCCACCACCAUGCAGGAGACGGCGAAGUCCUGGGUGGCCUCGCUGGGCAAGCUGCUCAACGACUCGGCGCGCGAGGAGCUGUACAGCCUGCAGGAGGAGAUCGAGCACUUGAACAGAAACCUCAAGAAGAGCCCCAAUACCCUGGAGGACCUCAAGUUUGUCCUCUCCACGAUCGCAGAGAUCAGAAGUAAAUCCUUAGUCAUGGAGCUGAGAUACAAGGAUGUCCAGGAGCGCUAUCGGACCAUGGGGAUCUACCACGUCUUCCCCCCUGACGCCGAGAGGGAGCUGGUGGACAAGAUCGAAGGCAUGUGGCUCAGCCUCUUCAGUGAUUCUGUGAACGUGGAGCAUGCGCUCGGGGGCAUCAAGCGAACCUUCACCGAGAUCACUCGCGGAGAAAUACUGAACUACCGAUGUCAGAUAGACGACUUUGCAAGGCGCUUUUACAGCCAAGGUCCUGGCACCGUUGGAGAAGACCUUGAUAAAGGAGUAGAACUUUUGAACACUUUCGAAAAGGAGAUGGCAAAACACGAGAAGGAACGCCAGGAGCUGGCAAAAGCGGAGAAGCUCUUCGACCUCCCCAUCACCAUGCACCCGCAGCUGCUCAAGGUGCAGAAGGAGAUGGCCGGGCUGCGGGUGAUUUACGAGCUCUACGAGGGCCUGAAGGCUGCCAAGGAGGACUGGUCUCAGACGCUGUGGAUCAACCUGAACGUGCAGCUGCUGCAGGAGGGCGUGGACGGCUACUUCAAGGCGCUCAAGAAGCUGCCCCGGGCCGUGCGCGCCCUGUCGGUGGCCUACCACCUGGAGGCGAAGAUGAAGGCCUUCAAAGACUCCAUCCCUCUGCUCCUCGACCUGAAGCACGAGGCGCUAAGAGACAGGCACUGGAAAGAGCUGAUGGAGAAGACAGGCGUCUUUUUUGAAAUGACGGAGACGUUCACUCUGGAAAACAUGUUUGCCAUGGAGCUGCACAGGCACACGGACAUCCUCAACGAGAUUGUCACCGCCGCCGUCAAGGAGGUCGCCAUCGAGAAGGCCGUGAAGGAGAUCCUGGACACGUGGGAGGUCAUGAAGUUCUCGGUGGUGAAGUACUACAAGGGCACGCAGGAGCGCGGCUACAUCCUGGGCUCCGUGGACGAGAUCGUGCAGUGUCUGGAUGACAACGUGGUCAACCUGCAGAGCAUCUCGGGCAGCAGAUUCGUGGGGCCGUUUCUGCAGACGGUGCACAAGUGGGAGAAGACGCUGUCUCUCAUCGGGGAGGUCAUCGAGAGCUGGAUGCUGGUGCAGAGGAAGUGGAUGUACCUCGAGAGCAUCUUCAUCGGGGGCGACAUCCGGUCCCAGCUCCCGGACGAGGCGAAGAAGUUUGACAACAUCGACAGAGUGUUCCGGAGGAUCAUGGGCGAGACCCUGAAGGACCCGGUGAUCAAGAGGUGCUGCGAGGCCCCCAACCGCCUGGCCGACCUGCAGCACGUGGCCGAGGGGCUGGAGAAGAGCCAGAAGAGCCUCAACGACUACCUGGACUCCAAGCGCAACGCCUUCCCGCGCUUCUUCUUCAUCUCCGACGACGAGCUGCUCAGCAUCCUGGGCAGCAGCGACCCCAUGUGCGUGCAGGAGCACAUGAUCAAGAUGUACGACAACAUAGCGCUGCUGCGGUUCAGUGACGGCGAGAGCGGAGAGAAGCUGGUGUCGGCCAUGGUCUCGGCCGAGGGGGAGGCCAUGGGCUUCCGGAAGCUGGUGCGCGCCGAGGGCCGCGUGGAGGACUGGAUGACGGCCGUGCUGCGCGAGAUGCGGAGGACCAACAGGCUCAUCACCAAGGAGGCCAUCUUCAAGUACUGCGAGGACAGGAGCAGGGUGGACUGGAUGCUGCUGUACCAGGGCAUGGUGGUGCUGGCCGCCAGCCAGGUGUGGUGGACCUGGGAGGUGGAGGACGUGUUCCGCAAGGUGAAGGCGGGGGAGAAGCAGGCCAUGAAGCACUUCGGCAGCAAGAUGCACCAUCAGAUCGACGAGCUGGUCACGCGCAUCACCGCGCCCCUGAGCAGGAACGACAGGAAGAAGUACAACACGGUCCUCAUCAUCGACGUGCACGCCAGGGACAUCGUGGACUCCUUCAUCCGCGGCAGCAUCCUCGAGGCGCGGGAGUUCGAGUGGGAAAGUCAGCUGCGGUUCUACUGGGACCGGGAGCCGGACGAGCUGAACAUCCGCCAGUGCACGGGCACCUUCGGCUACGGCUACGAGUACAUGGGGCUCAAUGGGCGCCUGGUCAUCACGCCCCUCACCGACCGCAUCUACCUGACGCUCACGCAGGCGCUGUCCAUGUACCUGGGCGGUGCCCCCGCCGGCCCGGCAGGAACCGGCAAGACCGAGACCACCAAGGACCUGGCCAAGGCCUUGGGCCUGCUGUGUGUCGUCACCAACUGCGGUGAGGGCAUGGAUUACAAGGCCGUGGGUAAGAUCUUCUCCGGCCUGGCGCAGUGCGGGGCCUGGGGCUGCUUCGACGAGUUCAACCGCAUCGACGCGUCCGUGCUGUCGGUGAUCUCCUCGCAGAUCCAGACGAUCCGCAACGCGCUCAUCCACCAGCUCACCACCUUCCAGUUUGAAGGGCAGGAGAUCUCUCUGGACGCGCGCAUGGGCAUCUUCAUCACCAUGAACCCGGGCUACGCGGGCCGCACGGAGCUGCCCGAGUCGGUGAAGGCGCUGUUCCGGCCCGUGGUGGUCAUCGUGCCCGACCUGCAACAGAUCUGCGAGAUCAUGCUCUUCUCCGAGGGCUUCCUGGGGGCCAAGUCGCUGGCCAAGAAGAUGACGGUGCUGUACAAGCUGGCGCGGGAGCAGCUGUCCAAGCAGCACCACUACGACUUCGGGCUCCGCGCCCUGAAGUCGGUGCUGGUCAUGGCGGGGGAGCUGAAGAGGGGCUCCUCAGAGCUGCGCGAGGACGUGGUGCUCAUGAGGGCCCUGCGGGACAUGAACCUGCCCAAGUUCAUCUUCGAGGACGUGCCCCUCUUCCUGGGCCUCAUCUCCGACCUGUUCCCGGGGCUGGACUGCCCGCGCGUGCGCUACCCCGACUUCAACGACGCCGUGGAGCAGGUGCUGGUGGACGGCGGCUACACGCUGCUGCCCGUGCAGGUGGAUAAAGUGGUUCAGAUGUACGAGACCAUGAUGACCCGGCACACGACCAUGGUGGUGGGACCCACGGGCGGGGGCAAGUCUGUGGUCAUCAGUGCCCUGUGCCAGGCCCAGACCAAGCUGGGGCUCGUAACAAAGCUGUACAUUCUGAACCCCAAGGCCAUGAGUGUCAUCGAGCUCUACGGCAUCCUGGACCCCACCACCCGCGACUGGACGGAUGGGGUGCUGUCCAACAUCUUCCGGGAGACCAACAAGCCGACGGACAAGAAGGAGCGGAAGUAUAUUUUGUUUGAUGGUGACGUGGACGCUCUGUGGGUGGAAAAUAUGAACUCUGUGAUGGACGACAACAAGCUGCUGACGCUGGCCAACGGGGAGCGUAUCCGGCUGCAGGCUCACUGUGCUCUGCUCUUUGAGGUUGGAGAUUUGCAGUAUGCUUCCCCUGCAACUGUGUCUCGAUGUGGAAUGGUUUAUGUGGAUCCGAAAAACUUGAAAUACCAACCAUACUGGAAAAAAUGGGUUAAUCAAAUACAAAACAAGGCAGAACAAAAUGAUUUAAAUCAUCUUUUUGAGAAGUAUGUGCCCUAUCUCAUCGACGUGAUAGUGGAAGGGAUAGUGGAUGGACGGCAAGGAGAGAAGCUGAAGACCAUAGUUCCGCAGACGGACCUGAACAUGGUAACCCAGCUGACCAAGAUGUUGGAUGCAUUGCUAGAGGGAGAGAUCGAGGACCCCGACCUGCUGGAGUGCUACUUCCUGGAAGCUCUGUACUUCUCGCUGGGUGCCUCCCUGCUCGAGAACGGAAGGAUUAAGUUUGAUGAGUGUGUUAAACGCCUGUCUUCUCUGUCCACUGUGGAGACAGAAGGGGUUUGGGCCAAACCCGGGGAGCUGCCAGGCCACCUUCCCACCUUGUACGACUUCCACUUCGAUUCCAAGCGGAACCAGUGGAUCCCGUGGGGCAAGCUGGUCCCGGAGUACGUCCACGACCGCGAGAGGAAGUUCAUCGACAUCCUGGUUCACACAGUGGAUACAACCCGCACCACCUGGAUACUGGAACAAAUGGUUAAAAUUAAGCACCCUGUUAUUUUCGUUGGUGAAUCUGGCACUUCUAAGACAGCUACUACCCAGAACUUCCUUAAGAACCUGAAUGGAGACACUAAUAUUGUGCUGAUGGUCAAUUUCUCCUCCCGCACCACGUCCAUGGACAUCCAGAGAAACUUGGAGGCCAACGUGGAGAAGCGCACGAAGGACACUUACGGCCCCCCCAUGGGCAAGCGGCUCCUGGUGUUCAUGGACGACAUGAACAUGCCCAAGGUGGACGAAUACGGCACCCAGCAGCCCAUUGCUUUGCUGAGGCUGCUGCUGGAGCGGGGCUACCUGUACGACCGCGGGAAGGAGCUGACCUGUAAGAGCAUCCGGGACCUCGGCUUCAUCGCCGCCAUGGGCAAGGCCGGAGGGGGCCGCAACGAGGUCGACCCGCGCUUCAUCUCACUCUUCAAUGUCUUCAACGUGCCGUUUCCUUCCGAGGAGUCCUUGCACUUGAUCUACUUCUCCAUCCUGAAAGGCCACACCGAGAACUUCCACGAGAGCAUCGUGGCUGUGGGCAGCAAGCUGACGUCCUGCACGCUGGCGCUGUACAAAGUUACCAUCCAGGACCUGCCCCCCACCCCCUCCAAGUUCCACUACAUCUUCAACCUCCGUGAUCUCUCGCGGGUUUUUAACGGCCUUGUCCUCACCAACCCGGAGCGGUUCCAGACCGAGGCGCAGAUGGUGAGGGUCUGGAGGAACGAGUGCCUGCGGGUCUUCCACGACCGGCUGAUCAGCGAGGCCGACAAGCUGCUGGUGCAAGAGCACAUACGGAGCUUGGUUUCGGAACACUUUGCCGAUGACGAGGAGAUGGUGAUGAGGAACCCCAUCCUGUUUGGGGACUUCCGGAUGGCGCUGCAUGACGAGGAGCCACGCGUUUACGAGGACAUCCAGGACUACGAGGCGGCCAAGGCCCUGUUCCAGGAAAUCCUUGAGGAGUAUAACGAAACCAACACCCCCAUGAACUUGGUCCUGUUCGACGAUGCGCUGGAGCACCUGACCCGCGUGCAUCGCAUCAUCCGCAUGGACCGCGGCCACGCGCUGCUGGUGGGGGUUGGCGGCUCGGGCAAGCAGUCCCUGGCCCGGCUGGCCGCCUUCACGGCCGGCUGCGAGGUGUUUGAGAUCAUGCUCAGCCGAGGCUACUCCGAGAACAGCUUCCGGGAAGACCUGAAGAGCCUGUACCUGAAGCUCGGGAUCGAGAACAAGACGAUAAUCUUCCUGUUCACGGACGCACACGUGGCUGAGGAGGGCUUCCUGGAGCUCAUCAACAACAUGCUGACCUCAGGCAUCGUCCCCGCGCUGUUCCAGGAGGAGGAGAAGGAGGGCAUCCUGAGCCAGCUCACCCAGGAGGCCUCCAAGCACGGCAUGGGCCCGGCGAAGGAGUCCGUGUGGCAGUACUUCGUGAACAAGAGCGCCAACAACCUGCACAUCGUCCUGGGCAUGUCUCCCGUUGGAGACACACUGAGGACCCGCUGCAGGAAUUUCCCAGGCCUGGUGAAUAACACUGGCAUUGACUGGUUCAUGCCGUGGCCUCCCCAAGCCCUGAACGCAGUCGCAAGGUCAUUCUUAGGGGACAACUCGAUGAUCCCGGCGGAGAACAUCGACGACCUCGUGGAGCACGUGGUGCUGGUGCACGAGUCCGUGGGAGAGUUCAGCAAGCAGUUUCUGCAGAAGCUGAGGCGCAGCAACUACGUCACCCCCAAGAACUACCUGGAUUUCAUUCACUCGUAUUCCAGGCUGCUGGACGAGAAAACCCAGUACAACAUAGCUCAGUGCAAGCGGCUGGAGGGCGGGCUGGACAAGCUGAAGGAGGCCACCGUGCAGCUGGACGAGCUGAACGAGAAGCUGGCCGAACAGAAGGUCGUGCUUGCUGAGAAGUCCGCCGCCUGCGAGACCCUGCUGGAGGAGAUUGCCACCAACACGGCCAUCGCGGAGGAGAAGAAGAAGCUGGCGGAGGAGAAGGCCAUGGAGAUCGAGGAGCAGAACAAGGUCAUCGCGGUGGAGAAGGCCGAGGCCGAGACGGCGCUGGCCGAGGUCAUGCCCAUCCUGGAGGCCGCCAAGCUGGAGUUGCAGAAGCUGGACAAGUCGGACGUGACUGAGAUCAGGUCGUUCGCGAAGCCGCCGAAGCAGGUGCAGACGGUGUGCGAGUGCAUCCUCAUCAUGAAGGGCUACCGCGAGCUCAACUGGAAGACGGCCAAGGGCAUGAUGUCCGACCCCAAUUUCCUGCGGUCCCUGAUGGAGCUUGAUUUUGACUCCAUCUCCCAGAGCCAAGUCAAAAACAUCAAGGGCCUCCUGAAGACGCUCAAUACCACGAUCGAGGAGAUGGAGGCCGUCAGCAAGGCGGGGCUGGGCAUGCUGAAGUUUGUGGAGGCCGUCAUGGGCUACUGCGACGUCUUCAGGGAGAUCAAACCCAAGAGAGACAAGGUGGCCAAGCUGGAGCGGAACUUCUACCUGAGCAAACGCGAGCUGGAGAGGAUCCAGGCGGAGCUGGCCGCCCUCCAGAGGGAACUGGAAGCGCUGGGGGCCAAGUACGAGGCCGCCAUCCUGGAGAAGCAGAAGCUGCAGGAGGAGGCGGAGAUCAUGGAGAGAAGGCUGCUGGCCGCGGACAAGCUCAUCUCGGGCCUGGGGUCCGAGAACGUCAGGUGGCUGAAGGACCUGGACGAGCUGAUGCACCGGCGGGUGAAGCUGCUGGGUGACUGCCUGCUGUGUGCCGCCUUUCUGAGCUACGCGGGCGCCUUCACCUGGGAGUUCCGCGACGAGAUGGUGAAGCAGGUGUGGCAGAACGACAUGCUCGAGCGCGGCAUCCCCCUGAGCCAGCCCUUCCGCCUGGAGAGCCUGCUCACCGACGACGUGGAGAUCAGCAGGUGGGGCUCCCAGGGCCUGCCCCCCGACGAGCUCUCCGUGCAGAAUGGCAUCCUCACCACGCGGGCCAGCCGCUUCCCGCUCUGCAUCGACCCCCAGCAGCAGGCGCUCAACUGGGUCAAGAGAAAGGAGGAGCGGAACAACCUGCGGACGGCGUCCUUCAACGACCCCGACUUCCUCAAGCAGCUGGAGAUCUCCAUCAAGUACGGGACCCCUUUCCUGUUCCACGACGUGGACGAGUACAUCGACCCGGUGAUCGACAACGUCCUGGAGAAGAACAUCCGGAGCACGCAGGGCCGGCAAUUCAUCAUCCUGGGUGACAAGGAGGUGGACUACGACCCCAACUUCCGGCUCUACCUCAACACCAAGCUGGCCAACCCCCGAUACUCGCCCGCCGUGUUCGGCAAGGCCAUGGUCAUCAAUUACACGGUGACCCUCAAGGGCCUGGAGGACCAGCUGCUGAGCGUGCUGGUGGCCUAUGAGCGGCGGGAGCUGGAGGAGCAGCGGGAACACCUCAUCCAGGAGACGAGCGAGAACAAGAACCUGCUCAAGGACCUGGAGGACUCCCUGCUGCGCGAGCUGGCCACGUCCACGGGCAACAUGCUGGACAACGCCGAGCUGGUGCAGACGCUGGAGGACACCAAGUCCAAGGCCACGGAGGUGUCAGAGAAGCUCAAGCUGGCCGAGAGGACGGCACAGGACAUCGACCGGCUGCGGGAUGGCUACCGGCCAGCGGCCAGGAGGGGCGCCAUUCUCUUCUUCGUCCUGUCGGAGAUGGCGCUGGUGAACUCCAUGUAUCAGUACUCGCUCAUCGCCUUCCUGGAGGUCUUCGGGCUGUCGCUGAAGAAGUCACUGCCUGACUCCAUCCUCAUGAAGCGCUUGCGGAACAUCAUGGACACGCUGACCUUCAACAUCUACAACUACGGCUGCACGGGCUUGUUUGAGAAGCACAAGCUGCUCUUCUCUUUCAACAUGACCAUCAAGAUAGAGCAGGCGGAAGGCAGAGUUCCCCAGGAGGAGUUAGAUUUCUUUCUAAAAGGAAACAUUUCCCUGGAGAAGAGCAAACGCAAGAAGCCCUGCCUGUGGCUGUCUGACCAGGGCUGGGAGGACGUCAUUCUGCUCUCAGAGAUGUUUCCAGACGACUUCGGGCAGCUUCCCGAUGAUGUUGAGAAUCACCUCCUUGUCUGGCAGGAGUGGUAUGACCUGGAUUCACUGGAGCAGUUUCCGUUCCCCUUGGGGUAUGAUAAAAACAUCACCCCUUUCCAGAAGUUGCUUAUUUUGCGCUGUUUCCGUGUGGAUCGGGUCUAUCGGGCAGUGACUGACUAUGUGACCAUAACCAUGGGAGAGAAGUACGUGCAGCCCCCGAUGAUCAGCUUCGAAAACAUUUUUGAGCAGAGCACCCCGAACUCGCCCAUCGUGUUUAUCCUGAGUCCUGGUUCUGACCCGGCCAGUGACCUCAUGAAACUGGCUGAGCGCAGUGGCUUUGGAGGAAACCGCCUCAAAUUCCUUGCCAUGGGCCAAGGUCAAGAAAAGGUGGCCCUGCAGCUGCUGGAGACGGCGGUGGCCCGUGGGCAGUGGCUCAUGCUGCAGAACUGCCACCUCCUGGUGCGGUGGCUGAAGGACCUGGAGAAGUCCUUGGAGAAGAUCACCAAGCCCCACCCCGACUUCCGCCUGUGGCUCACCACGGACCCCACCAAGGGCUUCCCCAUUGGGAUCCUGCAGAAGUCCCUGAAGGUCGUCACAGAGCCGCCCAAUGGGCUCAAGCUGAACAUGCGUGCCACCUACUUCAAGAUCUCCCCUGAAAUGCUGGGGCAGUGCCCACACCCCGCCUUCAAACCUCUGGUCUACGUGCUGGCCUUCUUCCAUGCCGUGGUGCAGGAGAGGAGGAAGUUUGGCAAGAUCGGCUGGAACGUCUACUAUGACUUCAACGAGUCUGACUUCCAGGUCUGCAUGGAGAUUCUGAACACGUACUUAAUGAAAGCUUUCCAGCAACGCGACCCUCGGAUCCCCUGGGGCAGCCUCAAGUACCUGAUUGGAGAGGUCAUGUACGGAGGCCGAGCCAUUGACAGCUUUGACCGCCGCAUCCUGACCACCUACAUGGACGAGUACCUGGGGGACUUCCUUUUCGACACCUUCCAGCCCUUCCACUUCUUCCGGAACAAGGAGGUGGACUACAAAAUCCCCGCCGGGGACGUCAAGGACAAAUUUGUCGAAGCCAUCGAGGCCCUCCCGCUGGCCAACACACCCGAGGUGUUCGGCCUCCAUUCCAACGCUGAGAUCGGAUACUACACGCAGGCGGCCCGGGACAUGUGGGCCCACCUGCUGGAGCUGCAGCCACAGACCGGGGAAUCCAGCAGUGGCAUCAGCCGUGACGAUUACAUUGGCCAAGUGGCCAAGGACAUAGAAAACAAGAUGCCCAAGGUCUUUGACUUGGACCAGGUCCGGAAGCACCUGGGCGUGGGCCUCUCGCCCACCUCCGUGGUGCUACUGCAGGAGCUGGGGCGCUUCAACAAGCUGGUCGUGCGCAUGAGCAAGUCGCUGGCCGAGCUGCAGAGGGCCUUGGCUGGGGAAGUCGGCAUGAGCAGCGAGCUGGAUGAUGUAGCCCGGUCCCUCUUCCUUGGGCUGAUCCCUAACAUCUGGAGAAAGCUGGCCCCCGAUACCCUGAAGUCCCUGGGAAACUGGAUGAUCUACUUCCUGCGGCGGUUCAGCCAGUACACGUUGUGGGUCACUGAGAGCGAGCCCAGCGUCAUGUGGCUCUCAGGGCUGCACAUCCCGGAGUCCUACCUCACCGCGCUGGUGCAGGCCACCUGCCGGAAGAACGGCUGGCCUCUGGACCGGUCCACCUUGUUCACGCAGGUGACCAAGUUCCAAGAUGCAGAUGAAGUGAACGAGCGGGCGGGACAAGGGUGCUUUGUCUCAGGACUGUACCUGGAAGGCGCUGACUGGGACAUAGAGAGAGGCUGUCUGGUCAAGAGCAAGCCCAAGGUCCUGGUGGUGGACCUGCCUAUCCUCAAGAUCAUCCCCAUCGAGGCCCACCGCCUGAAGCUGCAGAACACCUUCCGCACGCCCGUCUACACCACCUCCCUGCGCAGGAACGCCAUGGGGGUCGGCUUGGUGUUUGAGGCAGACCUCUUCACUGCCAAGCACAUUUCUCACUGGGUGCUGCAGGGCGUGUGCCUCACCCUGAAUUCCGACUGACCUGACUACUGCAAAGGAAGCGCGAGUGAGGGCCGCCGGCUGCGCUCCUGGGCCUCUGGGUCUGCUCCAGCCUCCCUUGCAUUGGAAGUCGGCCCUUUAAAUCCCUUUGCAUUAAAUGAACCCCAAUGGUUGUUCUUUAAACUACUUUUUAAAAGGAUUUUGUGUUCCAAAAGUAAACACUGGAGUGUAUUUGA